GCCCGACGACGUUCAAAAUCAAGCAGCAAAACACGGAAGUCCACCUUGUGUUCGACGAAACCAAAUGUCUUACUUGUAGCUCAGGAUGUCUGGUGAAAGUAUGGAGGAGAGGUCUGUGGAGGUGCUGGACCUUCCUGACGGUGUAGAUGAGGAGCUGCUGUAUCUCUACUUUGAGAACAAGCGGCGCUCUGGAGGAGGUCCUCUUGAAUCUGUGGAGAAGAAGGAGAACCAUGCCAUACUGGUGUUUGAAGAGACAGAAGCUGCAGCCAGAGUUCUGGCUAAGAGCCACCACGUUCUGCUCAACACUGAACUUAGCGUCAAGAAGCCCCACUCUAAGGACCGACGCAGACUGCUGCUGCGAGGAACCAACCCCAACACCAGCACAGAGAUGAUCGAGCUGUAUGUGGAGAACAUGAUGGACCUGAACAUGACAGACUACACCCUGAUCCCCUCCCCAGAGAGAGACGUCAUAGUCAUUCAACUCAGCCAACCCCUCUCAAAAGAUUUCCAAAAGCUUCGCACAAAAAUCACCAAGAGAACACUGGAUGGGGCAAAGGUAACUCUUGAACAGAUUGAGCAAACAGACUCUGUCUUGGUGGAGAAUGUGCACCCUGGCACCACUCCAGACUUGCUCACUUUGUACUUUGAGAGUGAGAGAGGUGGGAGUCAGAGGGUGAAGGAGGUCACUGCGCUGUCAGAGGGCACAGUGAAGGUGUCCUUCGCACAUUAUGAAUCUGUGGACACUGUUCUUGAUCUUCCGCACAAACUUAAUGAUACCAAACUUGUAGUGAAGCCUUACUUUGACUUUCUUCAACCUGCACAGAGCUCAACUUCGGAAAUCUUGAAUGAUGAGACUAAAGAUGUAAUUGAGAGUUCUGAAGACCUGAGCAGUAUUCAGAUGGAGACCAGUCCCCUCCUGGACAAUGCAGACCCUGACCAGUCCUUCCCUGCUGGGGCGUCAAACAGUGGUCAGUCAUCCUCUCAGACAGAGUUGGAGCUUCUUGGUGACAGUGAAGCAGAGGAGGUUAUGGAGGAUCAAACUGAGAAAGAAGAAAUGUUUUCAUGCCAUGUUGCCAUCACUGACCCAGUAAAACGUGCUCUGUUUCAAAGCAGCACUUUUCUACAGGACCAGCAGAAGGCUAACCCAAAUUCUAGCAUCCAGAAUAAAAAUGAUGGUGUGUACAUUGAAGGCUCUAACAAACAUCAGCUGGAUCAGCUAAAAGAUAACAUCACAGACUUUACUGGGAGCAUGGUACAGACUAAUUUCACCCUAGAGCUGGAAAAAGCUCUGUUUCUUGACAGAAAAGACGUGAAAGAGCGUUUAUUACGGACCAUAAAUCAAGCCGAGUCGUCUUGUUUGUACUCCGUGUCCGAUUCUACCGUUUCUGUUACCUCCCUGUCCCAAAACGCAGCCAACCAGGCGUGUAGCUUUUUAAAAUCCCAGGUGUGUUGCUUCAGCAUGCCUGUGGAGAUGGAGCAGGAGUGCAUCUUGUACCUGAGGGAGUGGAGCGAGUUUCUGCAGUCUCUGGGUUUCACCUCUGUAAAGGUGUCAGAACCAGGAGCGAAUAUUGAUGUUUGGACUCUGAAAGGAAUGGAAGAUGAGAAGCAGGCUGCGAUCAUGAUGUUCCUCACUACACCCAUUGAAAGGGAGACGGUCAUCUCCAUGGAGCCAGGCAUGUUGAAGUACAUCCAAACUCACUGUCAUCAGCUGCUGGCUGACAUGCAUCAAGUGUCAAUUUUUCCACUUGAGAACGAAAGUGCUUGUGGGUUAAAGAUCCAUGGCCAUGCAGUUGCUUGCCAAAUGGCAGAGGAGGUGUUGCAAGGGGUGGUCACUUCUGUCUGCACACGAACCAUCAAAACAAACGCUCCAGGAGUGGCUCGGUUUUUAGACGAAAAGGAGUGCAGGAGCAUCCUGAAUGAGAUGGAGACCAAGUUUCAGGUCUACAUCUGCCCAAUUUAUGUGCCCUGGGAGCCCCUACCACAACAGGAUAUUUUUGAGACUGCAUGGCAUAUGAUGUCUCAGAAAAACUUCCAGAAGGUGUCUGUGGUUGGUUCUGCACAGGAUAUGAAAUCAGAUUCAGUGCAGACGGACUGUAACGGUACUUCAAACAGAGGCCUUUUACAAUGGGCAAAGAAAGCACCCACCCCAGACCAGCUUGAUGACCUGGAUGAUGUGGAUCUUUACACAGCAAAUGAACCAAAAAGCCUGACAGAUCAAGUCUCUGAUUGGAAAUCUGUUAAAUCUUCUCAGUCCUCAGCUGAUCAGAAUGCUACAAAUGGGACAGGUCUUUGGACUGAUGAAAUGGGCCUCAGUAGUGACUUGGAAGAAGAGGCCCAACUUUCUUUAGCUAUCCAAUAUUCUAUGGAGUCAAGCAACUGUCUCCUGAAAGAUGACGAGGAACAGCUUAAAGAAGCCUUGGAGUUGUCUAAGCAACUGAUCCAAGAUGAACGCACCUCCAGUAUUACUGACAAGUCUCCCUUGUUAGAGCAACAGAAAAAGAAAAAAAAAGGUAUUUCUUUAGAGGACUCGAUAAAGGCAGCCAACAUCGUUGAAUUAAGUGUGUUUGCCGGUUAUAGCUGUGACCUGAUUCGGGUGGACAUUGCCUUUGGUAAGAAAGUGAGCCAGAGACAGGUGGAGGAGAAACUGGAGCAUCGAAACAUAAGGCAAAUGUCUGAAUACCACCAUAAAUGUUUGGACAUGAUCAAACGGAAACAUGCAGUUGAGAUUCAGAUUCAGGGAACCAUCGUUGCCAUUUCUGGUUUCAAAGACUACGUGACCAGUGCAAUGUGUGACAUGAAGCUGCUGGUAGAGAAAAUUUCUAAUUCUGUGUCCAAUAAGGAAAUCCUUAAGACUGUUCAUUGGGUACGACAUGACCCGUCCUCCUCCGACACAGUUCCUUAUUCUGAUGACGCGUCAGUAUUCAUUGAGAAUGCUUGGAGAUUGAAGCUUAAGAAGGUUGAUAUCUUGCUUGACAAUCAACCCCACAUUAUCAGCUUUGACAAGAUGCAAGAAUAUAACAUGGCUUCAGGGAAGUCUGUGAAAAUCUCCAGGAAGUUGAAUGAAUUAGGAGACGUGACACAGGAUGUACCAGAAGAAGAAUACUCACUGCUGGCAAACUUGCCUGAAGUAUCUAAAGUCAGUGAGGACUCUGAUGAAUUUCAGGAUGUGGUGAAAAAUUUCUAUGGCACCAUACAGGAGUAUCACAGCAAAAUAAGAAUCAUACAGGUGGAGAAACUCAUGAAUCGACUGCUGUACAAUCAGUACAAGCUGAAGAAAGCGAGCAUAAUUCAACAAUCCACACACCCAACAAUUGAACGAACUCUGUACCACGGCACCAGUGAGGCGAGCGUUAAAGAGAUUUGUGUUCAUGGAUUCAACAGGAGCUUCUGUGGAAAAAACGCCACUGUCUACGGUCAGGGAGUGUAUUUUGCCGUCAACUCUGCUCUGUCUGUCCAGGAUCAGUAUUCACCCCCAAACACAGACGGAUACAAGUUCAUUUUUGUGUCAAAGGUUCUAACAGGAGACUUCACUAAAGGCUGCCAUUCAAUGAAAACGGCACCGCUGAAGGAGACGGGCGAUAUUCCCCUCAGAUACGACAGCGUGACUGAUGACAUAACCAGCCCAGCGAUGUUCGUCAUCUUCAACGACACACAAGCUUUUCCAGAGUAUCUCAUCACAUGUCAACGAAUCCACCGCUGAGUAAAAUGGUUUCAUUCAGAGAAAGGACUUAUGUUCUUAGUGUCUAAUAUGAUUUAGAACGUGCUUUUACAAGUUAAAGGGCUCCAUUUUUCAGUGCACAGUUUGAUCAAAAACAAGCUUUAUCAAAUUCUUUAAUGCGUCUUUAGUUUUAUUUGUACAGUGGAAGAAAAAUCCCAUUUUUGUGAAAAUGUCCUUUUUAGUGUCAUGUCUUAUUGUGGGGUCUUUAUAAUACUUGGCAUUUAAUUUGACAACUUUAAUAAUCAGUUUACUACUUCCUGAUGAUCCUGGCCUAUUUCAUUAAUAGGUAACUAGCUUAAAGGGACAGUUUUGCCUUUUGGUGACAUUGCCAAACAUUUAUCAUGAUAGAUGAUGUAUUAUACUUAAUCAGCACCAUAUUGCACCACAAGCGUGGAGGCUAAGCUAACUAAAACAAUACUUAAAUAGAAAAUUAAAAUAAACCUUGACAAUAAACACAAAGACCCCAAAUUUUAAAUUAAAGAAUCAGUUUAUAUAUAUGUUUACAAAACUUGUUGUGUCAUAGUCUCUUUAAAGCAAGCAAACUUUUUUCUUGCCUCUUUGGUUGGUUUAAGAGUAUAGGUUGAAUCAAACCACAAAAAUUCAGAAAUUGCUAUAAAAAUGGGUUAACAGCAAAAAUAUUUAGUUCUAGGUUAUAUUUUCAUGUCUUUGUCCUGCUGGGAGUUUUGUCACCUUCAGUGCUUUGAGUGUUUUUGUCUUGAGGUUAAUAUGAGUGAACAAAGCUAAAAGACUGGAAUUUAUUUACAGUUGUACAGAAGCUGGCUACAUGCUGUUAUUGGUGGGCUUUUUUUUACAGCUCUGAGUUAAAUAUCUUAUCUUAUGAUAAAUAAGGUAGUUUUAAAUUGGCGAAAACAAAACUUAUUGUGAAAAACUCAGCUUCAUCGUUAGCACGACUGUCAGGACUCUUGACAGAUGAUCUGUAACAAAUGUUGAUCGUUGUUUCCUGAUGUGACGUUUUUAACUUGAAUCAUUUGCCAACUUGACUCCCGACUUUCAAUGAUGUGUCUCUUUUUAUUUUUGUGUGUUUUUCAAAAUUAGUAAUCGUAAGACAUUAAGUUUUGAGUUGAAGUACAUAUUUUAAUCUGUUAUUAGGAGAAAACAAGCUCUCUUUAAAUGACAUUAGGGAAAUGUAUUUCUAAGCAUGUCCUUUAUUGUGUUGCAUAUAAUUCAGAUAAUACAAACUUUAUUUAAUAAAGCCAAGCUUCACCCUAAAGCCCAUCAAGGUGAUGAUAAUGAAAAUGUUGGUGUCUUGUUCCAAAUGCUAAAAUUUGACAAAGAUGCGACUUAAUCAGGAUUAUAUUUUCUUUUACACUUUGAAUCAGUACAUCUGUUAUGUUGCUACUUUAAAAGUUUUUGCAUUAAUCACUGUGCACUUUGAUUGAACUUGUACUUUUUUUUAAAUAAAACUUAAAUAUUUUGUG